CGUGAGUCAAGCGUGAGAGUUAAACAGCAACACUCCACAAAAGACAACGGAGAAAUAAUUAUUACACUGUAUUGCAAGACGCCUUUUGUCUUAGUUUCUGGAACUAAGAAUGGCCGAGAGAGUGGAGAAACAAUCUUCAGAUGAUUCGUCUUUUAAUAUACUUACGUAAGUACAUUUUUAGGUGUGGAUUUCGUGAAAUGUGGAGUGAAACUUUCAUCAAUGUCCAGCUAACACUGCAGAUUGAUGUAUUUUUGUAGAUAUGAAAUUCAUGAUUUUAAUUUCAGACGGUAUAUCCGUUAAAGCAUAUCUUGUAUAUGACCUAAGCAAAAUAGCUUUAAGCCUGUCUCAUUGGACUCUAGCUUACUAGGGUUGUUUUUCCCCAGAAAUACACAAGCACGAAAUUAAGUUGCGCAAUGUUUUCUUCAUCCUAGCCCGUCGAUGUAACCUUAUAAUCUGCAUUUCUUCCAGGUUAUUUUCUUUCAAAACUGUGAGAAUAUAUUAAAUGUUAUUUUAGUCAAAUACUGGACGCGGUUUUAGAAGAAGUUUAGAGAGUUUUGUCUAGAAUCAAAGUAUACGCGAUACAACAAGUCCAUAAUAGCUCUAUUGUUCAUAACUUGACAGUGCUGACCGAUUGACCUGGGAUCUUUUGGGGGACUUUUGAUUGAUGUAUCGGCCAACAUCUGUGUUGACUGUCAAUCGAUAUAUCGGCCUCUAUGUUGGCCGAUACUUGCUCGACUCUCGGCCAAGAUGUUGGUUGACAGUCGACCAAUUUGCUGGUGACAUUCGGUCGCUACAGUCUAUUGGUCGAUACUUUGCUGAGGGAUCGUCAGCAUAUCACCGACACUUGGCCAAUGUAACGGCCGAUACCUUGGUAGAAAUGUUGGUUGACAUGUCGGUCGAUGCAUCAGUCGAGUGGCAGUCUAGUAUCGGCUGCAUAAUCGGUCAAGACGUGGCUAGUACUUGACCGCUACAGUCUAUCAGUCGAUAGUGGGGUGGUACUUUGCCGAUGGAUCGCUGAUUUAUAUAUAGCUAUAGUGAUUGUCGACUGAUACACAACCAAUACCUUACUGAUAGUCAUCCAACAGUUCACCGAUAUACUGGCAACACACUACCCAUGCUAUCAUGGCCGACUGUCAGUCGAUUUUGUUGGCUUAUGCUUGACCGAGAGUUAAACAUCACACGGCCAACAUAUCGACCGACUGUAGGUGAUGCUGAUUGUCAACCGAUACACCACCAAUACCUCACCAGUACUUGACCAAGGAUUCACCGAUACAUUGCCGACACGCUACUGAUGCUAUCUGUUGAUCGACACUCAACCGACAGGAAAAUGACUCUCAACCGAGAUGUUGGUCGAUACUUGGUCGACUGUCUAUCGACUCUCGGCUGACAUCUCAGUUGAGAGUCAACUGAGUAUCGGCUGACAUAGCAGCCGAUAUAUUGAUCGACAGUUGACCCAGAUGUUGGCCGAUACAUCAAACAUUCCCCCAAAUGACACAUGAUCCUUGACCUGUUUAUCUUGUAUGUUUUUGUUUUCCCAGUGAAGGUCUCAGGGGAGUUGUUUUACCCCCUUUGUCUUUUCAUAAAUUAUGCAUACAUAACGUAAAUGAUUUAAUAAGCACCCUCUCACUAGCUCUCAAUUAGAUGCCCCACUCUAAUAAACCCUGACGUUGUCAAUCGAACAAAACCAAACCAAAAAUCAAUCAAACCCAGUCGGUUGAUUGUUGUUCAAUUGGUUCAGUAAUCGAACAUUAUCGAACAAGAGCUUUUUGGGGAGUUUAAUUGAAAUCUUUAUUGUCAAAUUAAUUCAAAAUAAAUAAAUAUACUCUGGCAUUGCUUAAUGGUGAUAGUGGGCAUAAGACUUACACUUCAACUUUGACAGUCAAUGGCCAACACACGGGUUGCAGUUCAGGUUGCAAAGUCCAAGCUGGUGGCUGCCACCAUAGUCAGUUACUGUGAGAGGUGGACCCCUAUCUCUCCUUUGCUUCUUAACAAUUAACUUUUUAUCAACACUGACAGCAAAAGAGUACUCAAGAAAGCCUUUAACUAUCACUUCCAGUUGUUAGUUUCAUGCCGGGUUUCACCUUUUCCGCUCACUCCAUCAUCUUGCCUGUAUAUUCAUGUUUGUAAUUGAAGCUAACACAUAACUUAUUUGUUAACCGCAACAUAUGCAACAUAUAGGUCAUUUUAUGUUUGAAACCAGAUGAAACUGGUUUUAUGUAUGAUUGUUGAAGCUUCAAUUUUCAAACGUUCGAUUAUGUUUGAUUGUUGAAGUGGUCAAUUUCCAGAGAUUUGAUUGUGUUUGAUUGGCAAAAGUUUUAGGUAAGUUUGAUUGUGUUUGAUUACUGAACCCAGUCAUAGUCAAUUGAAUGCUUGGAGUUCAAUUGAGCUUGAUUACCAAAUGUUCAAUUGACUACGCUGGGAAUAAACAUGCCCUGUCUAAUAGACCCUUCCUCCUGUGAGAAAAAGUAUAGACCGAGAAACAAUCAAAGUUUAACCGAAAGGUAAUGGGAAUUUAUAAUAUGAUUUACUUGCCACUUCUUCACAUGGUACGUUGGUGUGGUAACCACACUCUGUCCACUUAUUGGACUCAAAAGACUUGGAAGGAACUAAGGUGAACUAAUAGAGAGGUUUAAAUUCUAAGACGAGUACGACUACAAGUACAAGAUUUUCUCACCACUCUGUAGUGCUCACGCAAGAACCAGCAUCAUUUUGGCAGGAAAAUGUAGUAGCCAUCGUCAUUCUACUACCGCAAGUUUUAGCGAGAAUGUUGUGCUGGAAAAAACAAGAUAUCAAAUGUUAGUAAUUUUAUCAAUUUGCAAUCAGGAAAGCACUUAACCUCCUUCACUAAAGAUAACAGUGCUAACUUUUCUAGUGAAAUAUGGUAAAAUGAAGCUUUCCGGGAAGUCGAUGUUUUGAGAAUAUGCAAAAAAACUUUAGGUCAAAUCUCGUACUCAUAGUCGUCCUCAUCCUCAAAUGUAAAGGUCUUUAAUAAUAAUGGGGCACCUGCAGCUUUCAAGUCCAGUCAAAGCUCCCUUAAACUAACACUUUCAAAAAGCAGAAAAAAUAGGCUGCCUUCACAUCGGUUUUUAUAAGCAAAGAGUUCAAACAGAGUUUUGUUAAGGUGGAACAGAAUUACAUAUAGUGCUCUCUACUUACACUUUUUUAAAUAAGAGAGCUUUUAAUAGAUGUUAUUUGUAAGUUUGCUUAUCUCAGCUUUCUUAUACCUCUAGUGAGCUCAGUUCACAAGUGGAAGAAGAAAACACGGCGGAAAAUGCUGUUGUGACAGAGUCCACCCCACUUGUUAUCCAUGUUAUUCAUCGUAGCGAUGAUCAUGAGAGAACCGGAACUGUUUUCUCGUCGAUAUUUACUCUGGUAUCAACUAUGAUUGGAGGAGGAAUCCUGUCAUUACCAUUUGCAUUUCAACAAGGAGGAUUUAUCUUGACAUCUGUGAUUUUACUGUGUGUAUUAAUGGCCUCCACACAUGGAGCAUUUUUAAUCAUUAACAGCAAGAGAUAUUGUCAAGGGAAAAUCAAGAAUGUAGAGGAUGUGGCUAAUGUAGCAUUUGGAAACAAGGGCAAGGUGUGUAUGACAUAGAAUUGUAGCGACCUUAAGCAAUGACAACGUUGAAGUAACAGACAUAAAAAAUGGCAACCAGAAGUUGAUAUUUUCGCUCUUUUUGUGCUCUGACCCGUUAAAUUUGCGCAGUGGGAGUUAAAACUUGUAAAGGCAUUCAGUUUGUGUGAAACAGAAGCGUUCCAUCAAGCAAGACAUCAGAUUUCCGGUUGCCAUUCAUGACUUCUGGGAUGUCAAUGUUCUUGUUACUUAAGCUGUCUAAUGUUUGUAAAGUAAAUUUAACGCCCACAGGGUGAAACAACCACAUUCUAUUACAUUUGCAUUUUACUGACACUACAUGUGGUUUAGAUGUGUCAUUAUUGUCCCCUUGUAUGACUGUAUGGAGGCCCUGCCAGGGUAAAUUCCAACAAGUGACAUGACCCAAAAAGUAGCGACAGAGCGUAAAAUGAAAUCACAGCAAGAGACAACCUCUCUCAGCCAAAUUGCGACAGUGAUGGCAAAGCCGAGAAUAAGCAACAAAGAACGGUAGUUUGGCUUUAUCACCAGUCUGAAUGCUAAGAGAAGUAAUUUUAGUCAAUUUUCCUUGCGCUUCAGAGAACAUCUCUUGUCAGUGAGCUUCAGUGUACCCUCCUGUGAACUGUGUUAAUUGUGAAUGGCGAUGUAUAGGUGUUCAAUACGCAAAAUGUUAACUGAGAAAUUGCAGGACUGUAAUAGUUUCUUUACCACACAUCAUUCAAUUCCCAACAGCGAUGUGAAGAAUUUAUAAACACCGACAUGAGACGUUUUAAAAUUCAGACGAGCAACAUGGGUCCGCCCCCACCCCCACCCCCUGGCAGGGCCUCUGUAUGAUUAAGGUCUAAGGUAGGAUUUUUGAGGCACAAGAUCUGAAUAGCUAUUAUUUGCACUUGCCAUCUUCUACUGCACCAAAGGGAUUUUGCUCUAAGGCCAGGAAUAUAGCCAGGUGAUUUCAUGCAUUGUUUUGUUUGGUUACAGUCAAAACAGGUCAAGCGUACCCCCCAAGAUUCUAUUAAUGAAUUGAUUAUUUGAAAAAUGAAUCCGUUAGUCGUUCCCAUAACUGGUGCCAAAUUCAAAUCGGAAUUACUGCAUGCGUAAUGAGCAGUAAAUAAUAUACGAGAACUUGUCUGUAUUGGUCAGGUUGAAAAUCUUUGAAUGAAUUAAAAUUCUUAGAAGACAUUUACAUCAAAUUCAGGGAAUCUGAGCUGGUAGAAAUUUCGUAACUGAAUCACACGUGAAUUUACGGCUCAUUACGCAUGCAAGAAUGUAGAGAUGAAUUUGAAAUCUACAACUGCCAACGGACUCAACUUUCGAAUAAUAAAUUCAUUAAUGGAAUUUUGGGGGUACGCUUGAUCUGGCUUGACUGUAAAUUCAAUGUAUUUAUUGGUAGUGGGGUGGUGCACUGGUUUCAGAGUUUUUUUCUUUUAUCAGAUUCUUACACAGGUUGUCUUUAUUGUAACAUUGUUCCUGUGUUCAGUUGCCUACUGGAUUCUGAUAACAGACCAGGUAAGAAGGACAACCUUCCAUGUGCCUUGUACAGGGACUGGAAAAGAUUUUGUUGUCACUAAAAAUGUAACAAUGACAACGUAUACAAUGAAUAGGUUAUUUUGGUAUUUCCAUUAUACAUGGUUUUACCAAACAUAAAGGAAAUACAAAAGGAAAAGUAGGUCUAUUUAUUUUUAUAGGAAACAAGAAAUCAAGCCAUUUUUAAAUUAAAUUAAAUUUUUUUCUUCUUCUUAUAAUAUAUCGAUCAGUAUUAUUAAAAAGAUUCCAUACUUCUUCAUAAUUAUUAAAAUCUUAGAAGAUGUCAUUUUUGUUUUAGGAUCUUGUCAAAGUCUGAGGGUCUUUGUAAGAUCUUCAUAAUAACAAAUAUUAUUGUCCUCAAAAACCAGUAGCAAAUUCAGAUGUUCAAGUCUGAGUAGGAGUCUGCUCAUCCAGAACCUAAGCAAAUUAAAAGAUUUUUGUCAGUCCUGUUCUCUGCUUCAGUUUGGGCUAUGAAUAAGGAGGGGCUUUGAUCCCCACUGACUACUCCCGUAGACCCGCCAAUGCUUGUGUAUUGUUUCUCUUUAUUAUUAUUCUUAUUGCUGGUCUUCAUCAGGCAGUGGCCUUUCUCAUGCAUCAGAUCAAUUUCUACCAGCAGAAAGAAGUUAAAAUUUUGAAAUGAAUAAAAAAGUAACUAUGUGUGUCAUGAGACAAUUAAAGAUAAACAACCCUAGCCUAUCAAAGCCGGUUUUUCCGGUAGAGAUAGUGCAGGACAUACGUGUACUGACAUGUGCGUCUACUUUAUAAAGGGUGUAUGCUUAUCAUGGGUCAGUCUUGUAAUGCUUUGCUUUUGACAUGGUUCUGCCACAAUUUAUAUUUUUAGAUUGAGCCAAUUAUUGUGCUGCUUGUUGGUCAUCAUUCUUUCUGGUCAAAGAAGAUUGUAAUUCUGACUAUACCAAUGCUAAUUAUCUUCCCAAUUACAUUACUGAAGAGUUUGAAUGCACUCAGAUUCACAUCUGUUCUCAGGUAUUGAUAAUGAUGUAAUUUACUGUAAUACCAGUACAGUGGCAAUAGAGAAUCAUAUACAGGGUAAAGUUCUCUCUAAGACAUACAUGAAUGCAGAGACUGACACUUAACCUCCAUCUUGGAGAGAGAGGCAACAGCUACAACAUCAAACCACGUAUCUCCACAAUAACUUUACGUGGUCUAAAUUUGUAUUCUAAGUGAAGGGUUUUCUGAAAGAAAAGUGUGUGGUUUAAUAAGAGAAAGUUUAUUAAAGAAAUAAGUAAAUACAUUAUCUGUGUAGUGGUUCUCAGUGUACCUUUCCUUGUCAAAAUUAAUAUGGAAUUUGGUAAUGUUGGAUUUUGAGGAGAUGGGAAAACUGAAGUACCUUGAGAAAAACCUGAGAGCAAGGGAGAACAAUAAACAAUAAACUCAACCCAUCAUGUAUGCUGGAUGCAUGCAACAUAUGAAUCUAGUAAAUGGCCAUACUCCAGAUGAAUUUUUUGUAUCUCAAUGGAUCAAGUGCUACCCUGCUAGCAGAGCUACUCUACCUUCUUUUUAUCAUGGGCAGGAGAAAGUAUUCUCUCACCGAUAAUAAACAGAAAGUGAACUCUGCUAACAGGGAAGUUGAGUGCCUGCCUGGGAUGUGGCAGGUCAUUCAACUGGUUUAAUUCUUGUUAGGGACUCUUGAAUUUUCUCUCCCAAGUUCAUCACUUGAUGAUCAUAACAUCUUUUAUAGGCUCUGUUUUUUGUUGCUUUUUCAUUUUAUAGUUUUCUGCCAACACAUGAUCAGAUCACCCACCUAUUCUACUACAUGAAACUUCCUCCUCUAUAGGCUUUGCCAAGGGUUAGUGGGGAGCACAGAACAAGUGAGAAACGCAAGACGCAGACGUUUAGAAUGAUUGCAGAGGGGAGCCUUUUCCUUGUUAACUCAAAUAUCCCCCAAAAAGUGAUUGCAACCGACUGGGGAACGAGGCAGUAUGUUAAUGAAAUACCCAAGAAUGAUAAUUAGCGGUUUUAUCUUGCAGUGUUUUGUGUGUGGUGUUCCUCGCCUGUGUUGUCAUUUUUAAAUCAAUAAAAAGUGAUAUUGGUGGCCCUGUGGAUGAUCCUAAGAACCCUGUGCAGUGGUGGCCUACAGACUUUGGUGGUUUCCUUACUGCAAUUGCUAUCUCUGGACUGACUUUUUCAUGUCAUUUUAACAUCCUUCCUAUGCAUGGUGAACUACAAUACCAAACAAGAGCAAACAAGAGGAUUGUUCUCUAUACAGCAAUGGCAAUCAAUUAUAUUCUGAAUGUUCUUGUCAGCUUCUUUGGAUUUUUCCAGGUAAGAUGAAAAGUAGUAUGGAAGGAACUGGUUACUUCUUUGCUGAGAGGGAAUCUUGUUGAUUUGAGAAUGAAUACAUUAGCCCUGAUGACUUCACAGCCUUUUGUCUUUAUCUCAUGCAUAAAAUGUGGCAGAAUAAUAGUUAUAAUGAAUAAUUAAUUAGGCCUGGUUCAGACGCCGUACUUUUCAUGUGCCGAACCUAACUGAGGGGGGCGUAAGGGUUUGCGGUAUUGCGGUAUUGGGUCAUUUUUGGUGCGGUGUUGCGGUAAUUUUUAUUUCAAAGUACGGUAUUGCGGUUUUCAGAGUCCAAGCGGUUUGCGGUAAGUUUAAAUUUUGCGCCGCGGUAGUCGGUGAAAAAAUCGUUGUGUCGCGAUGAUCUGCUUCUUUUUCAUGACAAGAGGAUACAAAUCCUAAAAGGUCUCCCUGGCUAGCCUGCGUGACCUGUGUGCACAGUCGGGGAUUGUAUUGCGCAAACAAUGCAGCCAAAUCGUAUGGCUUCUAAUUUCAGUUAAUACUUGAUAUGAUUAACGACAUUAACUUUUUCAUCCAAUGAUACGUAAACAUGUCGCAUUAUUUAUGACUUCAUGGACCUUGUGGGUAUAGUCAGCUUGGUUAACCUCCUUUAUACCAAUGUUACCACCACUUUCGUGCCAGUCGCCAAACAAUAGAGAGCGAUCCAGAGGGUCAACUAAGUGAUCAGUCAGAUAUUCCAGCAAAUAGUGAGGUCAGUGAGAUCGUUAUAAAUUGCGUAGUGUCGAAAGAUAAUCUAUAAAGAUGGUGUGGUCUAAAAAUUACUACUUGUCCUUCUCGUUGUGCAUGCAGGAAUAUAGAAUGUACUAGUAUCCGUGUGUGCUUACCCUACGUAGCAUUGUAGCCCGGGGGUGGUGGUGGUGAGGGGGGGUGGGAACCUCCUGAUAAGAGGCUAAUGAGGAUGUGCCGCUGGAUGGGGUCGCAUUUUCACGACUGGAUUAACUAUAAUGGUGUCGCAUUUUCAGAGAGUUUUUUUAGAAUGGGGUCGCACAUUUUCUGCUUUUUUGGGGUAAGACAGUUCUUCACAUUUACGGUUAGCAAAGGUACCAGAAUGUUUGUAUUGUAGAUGAAAAGUAAAGUGUUCUUCAUUCAAUCUAAAACCCCGGGCGGGGGGGGGGGGGGGCACUGGGGUAUUUUUUGGGUGGGUAUGUGCCGCCCGGGACUCCAAAUUGGCACCCCGUUCUAAAAAAAAAUUCCCCUAAAAUUGAUACCCCGUUCUAGAAAUGGGCCAAUUUUUUAUACCCCGUUCUAGAAUUCGCCCUAAAACUGAUACCCCGUUCUAGAAAUGGGCCAAUUUUUUUAUACUCGGUUCUAGGCUGCAACAAGAGUAUAACAGUUUGCUUCAGUAACGCAUUGAGCCGUAUUUUUAAAAGCAAUUUGUCCUUGAAUAAUUUCAAAUGGUUGCUUACAAAACUGGAGCUUUCAUGCGUUCGAAAUAUUAUACCCCGUUCUAGAAAACGCCUCUGAAAUGGAUACCCCUUUCUAAAUCAGGAGCUUUAAAAUCACGACCCCGUUGGGCGGCACAUACCCGUAUAGGUAAUGUAUGGGAGUACCCCCCCCCCCGGUCUAAAACAAGGUCAAUUCAUAAAAAUAGAAAGUGACGGAGUUGGGAUCGAGAAAAUUAAAUAUUUGUUCAAAUGACUAAGAUGGGGUCUAUAAUUGACCACAGAAUAGACUGUAAUGGAGUAGGGGCUCUGAGAGGCCAGCGGCACAUGCCAACCAAAUAUUAACCCAAGUACCCCCCACCCCGGGCAUGGCAGUUUUACAUGGUUUUGUCGGCAGCACCACUGUGAGCGGCGAAGCAGCUCCCGCCCCAAUCUCCUCGCCCACGCCCGCCUUAUUUCGACUUAUUAUUUACCGCGCCUAACCAAAACCGCCAUGCUACGCAGGCUAGUGUGUACUGUGUGCCCUUCGAAUCCAAAAGGCAGCCCGGGUCGUCGUUUUGAAACCCUCAACUCAGAACCGAGUUAAUUGUGAAUCUGAAACAACCUUAUAAGAGUCAACUGUUUUCCAUCCGUUUAUGAUCCAGGUCAGUAAUAUAUAAAGUGAUACUAGAAAACUCCUGUUGUAUCAUUUAGUAAACGUAUACAUGUAAUAAACAAAGCUAAACGAGUGCGAUGAUCUUAUGUUUAUCGUACACUUGACAUCGACGCACCUUGAUUUGGAAACUCUGACAUAAAAGUAUUAUUUCUAUUUGAAACGAGGAUUUGUAGUAUUGACAACGUCAACUUUUUCCCAUUUGUAACUGCGGUUUCGGUAUUUGGCUAAAUUUUGAUGCGGUAUUGCGGUAUUCUCGCGCUACCACGUGCGGUAUUGCGGUAUUCGUACCCCCCUUACGCCCCCCUCCUAACUGAAUAAGUUCGACUUUGGAGCGACACUGGCGCGACAUCUGAUUCAGACGGCGUACCGUGUGUCAAACCUAAGUUAAGUUGACAAAAGUUCGACAGACUCUGUGGAACCUAACGCUUUUGCCGCACCAAACUAAAACUGCCGUACCAAAUUGAUUCAGACGCCGCUCUUUUGCCGUACUUAAUUCAUCAGUUAGGUUCAGCACAUGAGUGGAGCGGCAUCUGAAUCGGGCCUUAUUCAUUACUUUGCGGAGGAAUACAUUAACGCCAUUGGAGUCUGCUGUCUUUGCCUUUUGUCUUCAUCUCAUGACUAUAAGGUGGUGGAAUCUCAUUAAGAUAAGGUCACAUACUUUUUUAGGGUCUUUAAGCCAUUGGAUAGGUUUUCUAGCUAUUUCUAGUUCCAAUGAAUGACCUUUUCGAAAAGAAAAACAAAAAAAGAACCAAAAAAAAUCCUUUGUGACUGUUCUUCUUGCCUGAAAUGCAAAAAAUGUAGAAGACUCUCUUGUACUGGAAAAGGUCCCAUAUGACAUACCUUCAGUAAAGUGAUCAGUGAAGGGAAGGCUGGUAUCGCGUAUACAUUUGUGCACAUACCAAACGUUUUUCUGUGCUUUACCACAACCUUGUAAAUGUCCUGUGGAAGACUUGAAGCAGUUGGAGCAUUGUAUCAAACUGGUUGUUGAGGGCUGGAUAUUAAAUGCAAUAACCCAUUUCACAUUAAGAGCAAAGACUAUUUGAAGUCAAGAUAUUGAUGCAAGCCUUAGAAAACCUUAAUUUCAAGACUAUUCCCUGUUUUUGGCCAGCAUUAACAGUGGUGUUCUUUUUCAGUUCAGACAAUUCAUCGACCAGGACAUUACAAAGAACUACCGCCAUGAUGACGUACUUGUUAACAUUGGUCGAGUGGCUCUCGCAUGUACGCUUUUGCUUAGUUUCCCACUGCUCAUCUUUCCGUGCAGAGCCGUCAUUAACAGGGUAUGGAAAAUUAAUACUGUUGAAUAUGAGGAGCCCGAUACCCAGGCGUUCCUUUUUUUACUCUAAUCAUAUCCCUUCAUCGUUAGACUUAACCGGUUCUCAGUCUCUUGCGCGAAUGACGCGCUCGCUCGCUUUUAAAAGGAGGAGAGCGCCUAGGAACUGAGCAGGUAGAAAAACCUUAACUACAGGGAACCACACAGCGCUGAAUAAAACUCGGCCGUUACUUCUUUUGUUAUGGGAUCUCUCUUUUUCUGGGCUUGUCAUGGCCUCCCACGCAGACGCUCUUUAAUAGGACUUUAUCACGCUACAAAACUUUCACAUUAUAUAAGUUUUGCCUGACUAAAACUGUCCCUCUGCAUUAGCCCCAGAAUUACAAUUACAUUGAGGUGUUUUGAGCUAGUAUAGCACAUGCUAACGAGGGAAGACAUACAGCGGACGCUAAACGCAGCAAAAAUAAACAAUAAAUAACGAGAAAAUGUAAUUUAAAUCAGCCGAUUUAAAACGAGAGAAAGAGAUACGAAUUGGCGAAACACAAGGAGUGGAAAAAAUGCAAGAAAACAAACUACUGGCAAGGGCGAGGGCGUGCCGCAAUGGAGGAUAAUUUUAUUUUAAUGUCAGUCCAGUUUUUUAUUAAACAAUAAUUUUACAGAAGGCAGUUAAUGAUUUUAUUCUUUUCAAACAGUUGAUUUGGCGUAUAGAGACGAAGACCCUUCUUCAAUCUCAGCCUUCCACGACGUCACGCUCGCUAGAAUACUUAAGUAACGCAACAGGUACAGGCCCCUCAAGGGUCACGUGGCUAGUGGAGACUGGACUUUUGGUGUUUCUUGGAUAUAUCCUGGCGUAUUACAUCCCACAGGUCAGUUGAUUCCUUCCUUCGUUAUCAAUGGUUAUGAGAUCUUCUAAAGCGCUUAUACCAUAAAACAAUAUAAUUCCCUUUAGCCAGAAACCCCUAACCAAGAACGAGCAACUCCCAUAUCAGGCCUUAUUUCGCAGCGUUUUCACGGACCGACUUAGAGCUUUUUUCCUAUAAAAGCCUAUGAGCGCAGUCGAAGUAUAAGGUGUGAAAAAGAAAAAUGAAAAGGUAAAAAUACCUCUUUGAGGUCUGUACGUUUUGCUGGCUGGUUUGUGGCACAUAAACAGGUUAUUUGAAAUUCGAGUCAAGUACGUUCUAAAACUGUACUGAGCCCGGUUCGUGAAAGGCUGUUUAGCGCUUAUCCAGAUUAAAAUUUUGUUCCACUUUUUGUAUUUACCUUCCUAUGCAUUGCGUAGAGAAUAUUUUGUGUUAUCAUUUCUUUUUUUCGAAGUAAAGGCACAACUGUAUUUUGUAAACUCGAGCUACAUGUUCUUAGACGAGAAAACCUUGCUUAAAUUUGGCUUAAUCGUGGGUUAAACUUAACCAUGUUUCGAUGAACACGCCUUGACAAGAACACGUGUACAUGGAAGUUGCUCGCUCCGGGUUUGAGCUUCUGCUUUUGCGUUUUGUAAUUCCCGUGAACCCCACCCCCUCCCUCUUUUUAUGCCUUCCACCCCCCCUUCCCCCCUUUCCUUUGUGCUGCCUUUUGACUGACACUCGAUGUAAUACAAAUGCUAUAAGCUUUUGUUCCUUUAAUAUUUAUCGCAGGUUGCUAUGGUGUGGGGAUUUGUUGGCGCCAUUGGUAGCACCAUCAUGAUUUACAUCCUACCACCAGCUUUUUAUCUACGCGUGCGCAUUCACCCGGAGCGGCCUGACCUGAAACAAGUGGCGGCCUGGGGCCUAAUGUUGACUGGAUUUUUAGUGUUGUUCGUUGGCACCUAUCAGUCAUUUGCCAACGUCAUCAACCCAAUUCCUAAACUAACCCCACAGCAUCCCCUAACUAAUUCAACAUCGUAAAGUAAGUGUGAACGCGACUACAUUGGUGUUGAUGUGACGAGAUUUGUGGCGACGUUCUGAAAGCAGGACCAGAACUGUUCAAAGCUGUUAUAUCGGACUCUUCAUAAUAUCAGGGAACUUAAAAGAAAACAUAGCGAAGAAAAAAGGAGGCACCACAGUAAAACCUGUGAUCGGUUCAAGCCUGAGUAAACUAACUUGAAAUGCGACGAAACAAAUAAAAGCUGCAGAUGGUGGGAAAGCCCUUCCUGCCUUUGAUAAAUUAUAAAUAAAUAAAUAAUGUUAAAUUAACUUAGUUGAUACAGUUCAGCUCAUGUGAAGUGCAGCGUUGGUCCUUUUUAGGUGCAGCUGUUUUUUUACGGUCGAUCUAAAGACAAUCAGCCAAACUAAAAAAACAAUAGCCAAACAAAAUUUCAAUUUGUCUUGAAAAGUGGCUGAGUAAAAAAGACCGGUUCUGUGGCAUUUUGAAUUUUGCAAGUUGAAUUAACUGCUGUAUUACGUCCAAACAGGCCUUUUUUAUUUAAUUUAGGUCUACCUCAACUUACUCUGAAUUAAGUUCAGCUCAUGUGAAGAAAGGCGUUUGUGCGUAGCCUUUCAUAAAUGGUAAAAAUUAAAAGUAAAUAACUUAGUUUAUUUUUAAAAAAGAGUCAGAGUUAAACUUCGUUUGUUUUCAAGUAAGAAAGAAUUGUUUUCCCUUAUUUAAGGCAAAUUCUGAUCUUCCUUGUUAAAGAUUCCAUUUUCUAAAAAAAAUGAAUCUGUUGGGCGCUGGGUAAAAAAAUUGCACCUGAUGGUCAUGGCCUAAUCAAAUCUAUAAACGAUAUUAAUUGUCACGGAGUAUCUAGCUAAAUAGACGUCUCGGAGGCAUGCAAUUAAAUUUUUCAAAGGCGAUGUAGGAACUUGAUUUCUGCCAUUUUAUUUGAAAUGCUAUUUAUUUAUUUAAAUAAAAAGGAGUAUUGUGUAGUUUAUUAAAUAUUUGCAUUAAUCUUUAUCAGUAUCAAUUACCUAUAAUAGUAUUCUCUCUAAGAGGACCUGAGAUUCAAGUUUCAGUUAGUCCUUAAUGAUUAGAAUCAUACAGGUUUAUACGCAGAAGUUUUAUGGAUUCAUCACUAUUUAUAGAAAUAGGGUAUGAAAUGAUUUUUAUCAAAUUAUUUUUACCAAAAGACAGAGAAUUUAUCUAUCAUUGGCAUUGUCGCUUGUAUCGUUGUAUUUUUACGCAUAAAUGAUGUUGAUUGUUUAAA